UCUGGAGAGAUGGCAUCUGUGGGUGUUUCCUGUGUCGGAGAGCAGAGUCAAGUUGUCAAGAGACGCCUGUAGUGUGUUUUUGGCAAGGUCUGAAGAGUGUUCACCAUCACUAGAUUUACAGCUCUACCGCCACCCAACUUCCACCUACCGUAGUCGACCUUCACUACACUCCUAUGGUAUAAGCAGUAGGAAGCUUAUGGUUGCUGCCCUCCAUCACAGCCAACAGGAAGAUUACAGUUGCUGCCAUCUACCAUAACCACCACCAACAGUAAGAUUAUAUCUGCUGCCUUCUACUUGCAGCUUAAAGAUUAUGGUUGCUGCCCUCCACAACAGCCACCACCAACAGUAAGAUUAUAGUUGUUGCCUUUCCCGACAAACAGAAAGAUUACGGUUCCAGCUUUCCACCACAGCCAUCACCAACAAUAAGGUUAUAGUGUCUGCAUUCCACCACCAACAGAAAGAUUAUGGUUGCUUUCCUCCACUACAGCCACCACCAACAGUAAUAUUAUGGUUACUACCCUCCACCACAGCCACCACCAACCAUGGGGUGUCCGACAUUCGCCAUUAUGAUGAUAGUCCUGUUUAGUAAUGUGGCAGGGUCAUCGCUACAAAGCUGUUCCACGUUCUCAUCCAUAAAUGAUGACGUUAAAAGCUACAACUGCUCUGAGUCGUGUCUGGCUUCGGCGAAGGUUCCUGCAGAGAAGAACAAGGAGCUGCCUGUAUUUGGAACUGUAUAUUAUCAUAAGGAGUCAGAUGUGUGCCUUGCUGCCUUACAUGCAGGAGCCGUCAGUACCCGGGGAGGACCUGUCACCUUCACCAGAGAUAAUACUGCUCAGAACAUCCGGGGCACCAUACAACACCGUGUUGUUUCACAAUCAAUGCCGCAAGAGAACUCUGAUGAUCAUACUACAUACAAGUUCCUGAACAUUACUCCAGUCAUCUCCCAGCAAGACCUGGCUGAGGAUGUGAUCAUUGUCCACAACUCGUACUCUGGGAACAGCGGCCAACUGGACCUCACCUGCUUGGCCAGCGACACCAACAGAAUGCUCACUAAGGAGGAUAUUUUAUCCUGGCGCUAUGAAAAGCCUAAUUUUGAUUUAAAAAUCUUUCAGGAGAAGUUUACAGAAAGUGGCAAGUGUGUAUUCCCGUAUAACUAUAAGGGAGAGGAAUACUGGGAGUGCUAUGACAUAACGAGUACCCGCCCGUGGUGCUACACGGAUCCUACAUCCAGCAACUGGGACUACUGCACAAAAACCAAAGGAAGAUGGACUAUUAACCAGAAGUCACCAAGAGGAGUCAAUGUACGAGCUGUAAGAUGCCUGGGAAGGAGUUCUGCUACAGAUGUUCUGGCCGUUGUGCAAGUCCCACACCAGUUAUACAAGUCUCUCACAAGCACCAUUCGCGCCAGUCUUGGAGACCACUUGAGUGUUCCCACCAUCAAGUCCAAGGAUCUUCCCCUUGAAGUGUUCAUCCGCAGACUUCCAGAUGGAUGGGUGUAUGAGGAUGGGACCACUGCUAAUGUUUCCCUUCCCUUGAUAUUUGACCCGGUCACACUUGGGGACGCUGGAAUAUACAUCCUUGGUAAUGAUGGCACAUCUCUGGAAUCGAAAACCUUUAAGAAUGCCAAGACUAAGGUUGAAAAUAAUGGUGCUUAUUUACAUCUAAUUGUUCGAGAGUGUGAGAGUGACCGUUAUGGACCUCAGUGCCAGUCUUGGUGCCCUGACUGUCAAAAUGGUGGCAUAUGUCAUGCUGUGACUGGCACUUGUGUCUGUGCUCCAGGCUACAGUGGUCCCACCUGCCAACAUGCGUGUCCCCGAGGCAGCUUCGGGAGCUCGUGUCAGUUUACAUGCCAGAAGACCACUCUUGGCUUCAGUCCAGCAACUGAGGGUCAGUGUGAGAGCUUGACCAUAUGUCUGCCUGAACCCUAUGGCUGCUCCUGUGCUCCCGGUUACACCGGCCCCUUCUGUGACCAAGAGUGUCCAGCAGGAAAGUACGGUGCUGGCUGCUCCCACGACUGUGACUACUGUGAGAACAACCACUGUGACUCUGUCAGUGGAUCCUGCACUCGUGGCUGCAAAAAUGAAGCACAUUGUACCGGUGGGAUGCCUCUGGACCUGCCUCGCCUGCGGACUCCUCCGUCUCUCACUGACGUAACAAACACCUCAGUUGUUGUGAACUUCUCCACCUGGACGAGGGAGGAUGAUGAUGGGUCGGAGGCGGUUGGUAUUGUGAGUUACCUGCUUCAGUUGCGGAGGGAAGAUGACGACACUUGGACCACGCUGAAGACUGUGUCAAACAGCUCUGUGUCAGGCCAGACUAAAAGUAUAUUGAACUUGACGGUAGAACACCUGAGUCCAGGUUACCAGUAUACGCUGAGGGUGUUGGUCAAUACUUCACGCGGCGCUGCAGACGGCUCAACCAACAAGAGGGUUCACCAUGUCACAUUUGUUACUCAGUGUUCUGCUCCAAGACUUGAUGAUCUUCGCGUAUUAAACGUCACCAACCAGUCUGCUGUUGUCACCUGGACAGACAAUGGGAACCAUGAGCGGUGUGGGAUACAGUAUGAGGUGAAGCUGACGUCCACCACCCCCACUACAGAAAUACUCAGUCCUCCGACCACAAGACAACCGUCUCACCACCUCAGUGGCUUGGCGCCGGACACAAGAUAUAAGGUUAUCAUCACCGCCAGAUACAGUGGCACACAAGUGAUAACCGCAUCAUAUGGGCCGUUCUCUACACUUCCAAAUGCACCCACGAUGGCCACUGUGAGUGUGGGUGCGGGUAGUGUGGGUUCCCUCACUGUAUCCUGGACGCUUCCUCCCGGGUCCAGUCGUGCACAUUACUUUAACAUAAAGUAUAAGUUACUUGAACACAAGGCUUGUGGCAGCCCGGACGGAGGGCAACAAGGUGUCAUGCAUGAGGGGCGACGUACAUCAACUAAUGGGAGCAGUAUUGUACUGGAAGGUCUGGAGAGUUAUGCUGAGUAUGAAGUGUGUGUCACAGGCAGUAACAGAGGUGGGACGAGCCAGGCGGCCUGCUCCACGGCUGUUACACUCUCCUCUAAUCCAAGUGUUGGUGUGGAGAAGUUUUCCUGCAAGCAAACUAACAACGUCACCACAACAUGCACAGCUGAUCUUACCGGGUGUGACACAUACAAUGGACCAGAUGUACAUGUUAAUGUUAGUCUGGGAACUUACUUGCAGUGUUCGAACACAACUCUGGAGUUUCAUAAACUAUCGAAUAUAUCAGGUGGAAAAUGUGUUGCUGAGUUUAUGAAUUUGACGGGUGGGAUGACCUUUGUGGCGACACUCUCCAUCACCAAUAAUGUUAGCCGGAAGGUGCCUGUGAAGACUACCGUUAACUUUACUACUACAGAAGAAAAACCACCUGAAGUCAGAAACUUUACAGUAAACUCCUUGUCAUCAAAUAAGGUUCGUCUUCUGUGGAAUGAUCCAUGUCCAUCAAAUGGAGUAAUAACUGGUUUUAUGUACAAGGAAGCAUCACAGAAGACUUGGACAACCAUUGGCACAACAGCAUGUAGUGAAGGGUAUGACCGCUGUGUUGAUGUAGACGGCUUGCGAGCCAACACCAACUAUACAUUCUGGGUUUCAGCCGUCAACAGUGCUAGGAGAGGCCGGAGACAGGAGAUCUGGAUGAUAACCAUGGAAACAAAGCCGGGACCCCCACAGCAACUUGAUGUGGUUCCUCAUGAUAGCAGUUUAGACUUACAACUCUGGCAACCGCACCUGUGUGGCGGGAGAUUACACAAUUUCACCAUACAACUGAAGAACAAGACAAUCCUUGUAGACAACUGCACCAAGGAUGCUCCUGACCCUACUUGCUCCAAAGAUGCGAAGACAAUACCUGCUGAACGUCUUACCUGCCAGAUGUCAAAGUUGAAGCCAGGAAGACGGUACGAAGCUGAGGCUUUCUUCUGUAACGCUGCAGGAUGUGGCAAGCCCUUUGUCAAAACUGUAGCCACUCUGCCCAUUCCUCCCAAGCUGAGCGGCAAGUUUCAAGUGAAGUCCAAGACCAACACCACCGUUACCCUUGCUCUUCCCACCUUUACCAUGGAAGGUGAUGGUGACAGAUCUGUGGCAAUUUUGGUGUCUCGGCUCUCCGAGGACGCACAAGAUGUGGCCGAGACCUUUACUGCCACGUAUAUAAAGCUUGUUGCAGAGGGUAUAAGCCAGAAUAGGUCAGCUUCAGGUGGGGAGCGGGUGAGGCGGCAGGCAGGCGACCACCACUGCGAGGACACUAACCGGACAUACAUAGCUGCCGUGUUAACACAGGCUGCUGAAGAAUUUGCUGAAAAAUUUGUGGUUGGAGAGAUGACUAACGGCGGCCCUUACCCCAACUGCCCGCUGAAACCCGCUCACCCUUAUAUAAUGGCUGUUGUGGCUAGGGUGCAGCUCGAAGGUAGAAGUGCGUAUGCAGAGAUGAAAUUGGAUGAGAAAGUAGUGCCUGAGUGGGAUGGUUAUGUUCUUCCUAUAGUUUCCUCCGUCUUGGGUCUUCUCCUCCUUAUCCUCAUCAUCACAAUCAUCAUAAUUUUCAGACGCCACAAAACGCUGCAUAGGAAAGUUGGAGCCAAGUAUUGGAAAGAUAGACACAGGACAGAGGUCUAUGAUAAUGGAAGAGCUGUGCAAGACCUGUCUAACCACAACACUCUACCCCUUCUUGACAUCCCAAUCACAUCUCAGAGUCAACCAAACUUGCCAUCACAGCCGAGGAACGUGCCUGCUCCUCCAGAUCCAGCGCCUCCUCCUCCUCCUCCUCCUCUGAUUCCGGACGCAAUUCCACCAGCAGUUGAGGAGGAAAAUGUUUAUGAAAACAUUUACAAGAAUAACUUCCAAGAGGACAUAUACUGCAACUUCAGCCGACGUGUGGCUUUUGAUGACGUUGAAGCCUAUCUCAACAAGGCCAUUGGUGCUCAUGACACCUCGGAGGACUUCAUGUCUGUCCCGUCCAAUGUUGGCAAGUCUAUGUCUGUCGGAGAACAUCUUGAGAACAAGAAGAAGAACCGCUACCGGAAUAACCUUCCUUAUGACGAGACGCGGGUGGAGCUCUCCGUCAUUAACAACGACCCGUUCUCUAAUUACAUCAACGCAAACCACGUCUACGGGUUUGGAGGUGUUCUGAAGUACGUAGCCUCGCAAGGCCCCAAGGAGGCUAAUGUGAGCACCCUCGGCGACUUCUGGAGGAUGAUAUGUGAACAUCACAUCUACGUCAUUAUAAUGGUGGCUAACUUUGAGGAGGGCGGGAAGAAAAAAGUGGGCAAAUACCUGGAUUUUGGAGGAGCCCUGAUGAUUGAUGACUACAAAGUGGAAGUUAUUAAGACAGAUCAUCACCCUAAUUACAACGUGUCUCUUGUUCAGGUGUGGAAGAAUGGAAUUGCUCACACAGUGACCCACUACCACUACUUGAGCUGGCCGGACCACGGCGUGCCCACCGAGGCCCACAGUCUGGCCACCAUGCUCCGGCAGGUCAUCCACACGCAUUCUGAAGGUGGUGUAGUUGUGCACUGUUCGGCUGGGAUAGGACGCACAGGCACUGUUUUGCUGGUGCUGCUCUUACACGAGAUGUUGAUGGUCCAGGGCAGUAUGGACCCACUAGAAGUGUUGCAGAGACUUCGUGAUUGUCGAGCUCGUCUAGUAGAGAACGUUGCUCAGUACAACCUCGGUCUUCAAAUAUUUGAUGAGCUUCUAUAUGGAGAUAACACUGUCAUUCCCUCGGUCAGUGCACACGAUCAGAUGAAGGAAUUCAUGAGGACAAGUCAUGAUCUUUACCAGAAGGCUUUGGCCCUGCCGUCUGCCCUCACUUUCAGAGUGUCAUCUCAAGGUGAAUAUUAUCCGCUAAACCGCAACCCAGCUGUUGUACCAGCAGAUACUCGAAGGAUCUUCUUGGAGAUGGAAGGUGGUGAGAUGCUUUCCCAGUAUAUUAAUGCAGUGAGACUGGACGGUCUGGAUGAACCCAACACCAUGAUAGCGACAGAGCAUCCUCUUCCCUCCAUGCUCAACAAGUUCUGGAAGCUUGUGGUCGAGAAGAAAUGUCCAAGUAUUAUUCUCAUCAACACAUUUGAUGGAUAUGAAAAGGAGUUUCCGUGUGUGUUGCCUGGACCCGACUGUGACCUACAGGUGGGCCGCUACACCGUCCGCACGCUCCAUGUGACGCCCUACAAGUCGUUUGACCUCUACUCUAUUGAGGUGUUCUCCCAGCAGAAUGUACACCAGACAGUGAGCGUGUACCAGCUUACGUCGUGGCCGUACGGGACCCAAGUGCCUCCCUCGCCCCAAGUCCUGGUCGCAGUGUCAGAGAUGCUGCUGCAGUCUCCCCGCUCUCCCGAGGCUGGUCCUCUCCUCCUGUCUUGUGGUGACGGGGUGACGGGGUGUGGACUCUUGGCUGGCGCCCUCUUGACUAUAGAGAACCUUCAGAAAUCUGACAAGAUUGAUGUUUAUCGCACUGUUGUGAAACUUCGUCGGGCUCGACCACAGUUCUUUGUCUCUCAGGACCAGUUUGAGCUGCUCUACAGUGCCGCUGUUGUGUACCUGGAGAAUUAUGACACGUAUGUGAACUUUCCAGUUUGAACCACUGAAGGAGGAAGACUGCGUGAUGGUGCUCUGCCUGCAAGUUACACAUUUGGGGACAUGCUGUGUGUUAUGUAGACUUUGUAGUGCUGUGUGUACACCGUGGAAAACUUGUAACUGUUUUAUAGUAAAUGUAGAUCUUGUAGCAUUUAUUAUCUAGAAGAUUUGUGGUGUAUGUUUUGUGUACUCGACAGGCUAUUAAACUUGAUUUUUGUUUUAAUAUUGUAGAUUUUGUAGCACAUUAUGUGAAAGAUUGCUUGUUGGUGGUCUACAUAUUUUGAAGGAUAUUUUAAUUUUAAAAGGUUUUUGGUAAUAGAAAUUUUGUAGCACUUAAGAUAUUCAUAAGAUAUAAGAUAUUUAUUGUUACCAGUGUUUUAUACAAAUGUAGAUUUUGUAGCACUUAAGGUGUAUAAGACUUGGUGUACUACUGUUUUAUACAGGUGUAAAUAUUAGGUGCAUAAGACUUGGUGUACCAGUGUUUUAUACAAGUGUAGAUUUUGUAGCACCAAUGAUAAUACUCUGUAUACAGUAAGAGAGGAUUAUUAAGCUUGAAAACAUUGCUAGUAAUGUCCAUUUUGUGGUACUGUGAAUGUAGAAAAGUGUUGAGGAACGCUUCCACCUGAUCCACAAUAACGAAACUGAAGUGUGGAAUGUUGAUGAGGCGGUGAUGUGCCCAGGUGAGGAGGGGCUGGAUGCACAGGCUCAGGAUGAAGCGGUGAUGUGCUCAGGUGAUGAGAGGCUGGAUGGCCGGGCUCAGGAUGAAGCAGUGAUGUGCCCAGGUGACGAGGGGCUGGAUGACCGGGCUCAGGAUGAAGCAGUGAUGUGCCCAGGUGACGAGGGGCUGGAUGACCGGGCUCAGGAUGAAGCAGUGAUGUGCCCAGGUGACGAGGGGCUGGAUGACCGGGCUCAGGAUGAAGCAGUGAUGUGCCCAGGUGACGAGGGGCUGGAUGACCGGGCUCAGGAUGAAGCAGUGAUGUGCCCAGGUGACGAAGGGCUGGAUGCACGAGCUCCGUAUACAGCAGCUCGACAACCUUCACUCGCCCACUAAACUAGCUGCAUGUUGUACACUAGUUUAGGUUUGAUUCUUCAUUGUAUUAUGUCGUUUUUAGUAACCAAUGUGAGAGAUGUGUUUAAUUUACAUUUGUGAUUGUGUUUUUGUGCGAUGUUGUGCCUGAUGGUCGUGGGAGAUGGGGUGUGUUAUGCAGUUAUCCUCGUGAUAGACCACAGCCAGCUGGCUCCAACUGCCACAAGUGUUGUUUCAGUCAAAGUAAUCACUAGAUACUUUCACCCGUGCAUUUCGUGGCCUUGUUGACUGUGGUGGGAAGGCGAGAGGGCUGUAAUUGACUCAGUGUGUGACCAGACAUUUGAGCACAAGUGAACACAGAGCCGGUGUGAGUGCGACGCGGACAUUUUCACAACAGGCUGUGAGGAUAUUCUUUCAUUUUUGUGUAUUUCCUUGACUGCAAUUAUUGCUAUAAGUUUUCAUCAGGUGUUUAACAUUCUUGCUUUAACUAAAGUUCUAAUAAUUGUGUGUGUGUGUUGUAUUUCUAGUUUCUCAAUAAUAAUCUUAGAAAUGAAAUUUUA